CGUUCGAAGAUAUCCAAUAAGAAUACAUGGCAACUGCGCAGACGUUUAGAGUUCCCUCGGAUCUGGCACAUCGCAGAACAGAGCGCCGGACGGGCGGUGUUCUGCGAAGCGUGUUGAGUCUCGACGGGAGUACAUAACUACCUGUCAAAUAUAUUCGAAUUAAGGAAAAGAAAGGGGAAAGAAAGAUCGGUGAGAAAAAUGUGGUUGAGUAGUGAUCCUUAACGAAUUGCCGUAACGUAUUACGCGAUCUCUUAAUAUGGAAGAAUGGUUGGAAAUAAAGUUCUGUCAUUGAUACUCUUCCUAGCAGGAUGGCAGGAAGUAGCAACUUUAGUACAAGUACGCCAUGUGGCCAUAGAUGUAGGUCAAGAUCUUACAUUAGCCUGUGCAGAAGAAGAUGCUCUUCCACAUACAGAUUCUCGCGAAGUAAUGUGGAUAAGAGAAGGACGUGAAGAUGGACAGAUUAAGCGGUUAAAAGUUGAGUCUAAUGGCGUGCUAGAACUUGUAAAUGUUAGCGCAGAUGAUGCAGGAAAUUACUCUUGUACCUUGGACGACGAUGUGGAUGCUGUGAAAUCCAGAAUAAAUGUAGAAGUUAGAACACCUCCACCAGCUUUACGUAAUGUUUGGGUAAAGCCAUCUACAAUAUUGGCUAAUAUUCUUUGGGAAGUCGGUGGUACAGGUGGAUAUCCUAUCAUAGACUUUACUGCCGAAUAUCGUCUAAAACCAAAUGAGGGUGAGAAACCAGAACAAUGGAAGCCCAUCAUACCAACGCACAUUCCUCCCAAUUCUAGACAAAUUGACGUGUAUCACUUGGUGCCAAACACAACUUACUCCUUUCGAGUGUGGGCUACCAAUCAAUUGGGUAAAGGAGAUAUAGUGGAAGUUGAAAAUCAUACCCAUCAUAGUGUGGAGGAAUUGGAACUUGCAAGACAUUUAUUAGCGGGUGUAGAAGAUUUUGACACCCGUGUUUGGGUUGCAGCAGUAGGCAUUGUUAUGGGAACACUUUUGGUUCUUGGUAUAGGUACAUGUUACCUCCUCUAUCGUGAGUGCAAGGCACCCUCGCAGCUGGAGGAGCAGGAGGUGAUUGAACUUGUCCCAAAUAUUAUUUUGAAUCCCGGAUUUUUUGACGAAAGGACAGAACAUAUUCCUCAAGAUGAAAAUUUUAACAAUCAAACAACAACACGCCUAAAUAAUAACAACGUAGUGCAGCCCAGACGACUCUAGCAAUCAUUAAUUUAGAUUUCUGCAUCGUGGAUUUUUUUAACGAAUGGUAAGAGCAUGAUUUAAAUAUCAUAAGUGUAUAGGUUGUAUUUGAAAUACCCUGACGCGAUUAUAAAAGUGCAACAAAUGCAGGGCCAUUAUAGAAAGAAUUAUAAUAAUUAUGAAAAAAAAAAUUGGAAUCAUGUUUGUAUCCACAUAGAUGUGUAAGUAUGUAUCAAUGCUUGGUGCAUCCUGAUAAACUAAAUUUUUUAGACACAAUACAAUGUAAAGUGUUCAAAGCAAAAGUAAGACUCUGCUAGACUUUGUGAAAUGGCAAAGUAGAUUUUUGAGAACAUUUUGUCAUUAAACUCGCUAAUUUCUUGUUGCUCGUUAACGGAGCUAAAGUGAGAAACUCCUCUGAGCCAAAAAUUAUUUAGUAAGACUGUAAUUCUAAGGAUAAUUCUAUAGAACAUAAUAAUUGGAAAAACUAAAGUUGUAUAAGCAAGAUCUGAUUUAUUAUGCAUAAACUUGUUUUUUGCAUAAAUUAGGGGUAUCAAUUAUAUUUUUAAUAUAAUUAUCUUUGAGGACUCAUGAAAAAAAUAUGUAUAAUAAUAUCCUUUCAAACUGUGCACUUCUUAUCAUUCGAAAUAUUAAUUAACUUAUUACCGAUUUUAAACAUUUUUUUUUAUGUGCUGAAAAAGUGAUUGUAACAGUUGAUUUGUUUUACAUUUUUAUAAGAUAUAAUAUUUUUCGUUGUUGUUAUAUAUGAAACUGAUUCUAAAAAAUACUUUAAUAAGCGAUAGUUUUUAAGCAACGUAAUGUGCAUUACAUAUUUUUUUCGUGACAUGCAAAGAGAAUGCUAUUUAUUUAUAAUUGUAAUAGGAAAGGUUAGUAACAUUAUUAUACAAGGUUUGAUGCUUCAGUAUUUUUAAUAGUUAUUUAAAUAAUUAUGUUCCAUUAUAGAUUACAAUCUUUAAUAUGCUUUGAUAUAAUCUUGAUAACCAUAGCAGUAUCAAUUAACAACAUGUAAGUGCAAUUCAGAUCUUAAUGAUCUUAAAUAACUUUGCUUUAUAUCACUGUCAUUCCUGACUGCUUAUAUAAAAAAGAGCAUUCAUGUUUUAUUAAAAUAAUUAUGACCAAGUGUUCAAAAUAUAAUGAAGCUUAUAUCAUUAUCAACAAUUAUAAGUUCGAAAAUCAAAUAACAUAACAUAAAAGAAAAUGUAUGAAAAAAAAGAACUCGAUUUUGAUAAGUAUAAGUCAAAAGAUAAACUACUUUUGAAGAAACGCAAAGAUCACAGUAUCUGUUAUACAGGAAAUCGUAAUUGUCUCUUUAUGUAUCAAAUGCUAACAGAUUUUUACCAAUUAUAACAUUGAUACUUUAAGCAGAUUUAGGAUUAAAAUAGAAUACUUCAAAUAUUUUGGAUAACACCUUUAAUGAAAGAUAAGUGAAGUUCGACAAAUAUCUGAUGCAAUAUAAAGAACGUGUAGGUCUACUGAAAUUA